CCCUGCACUGUCACCCAUCGAUACCGGGUUCCAUAAAUCGAAGAUAAGCCAGAUGCGAUAAGGAGGAACUGCAAAAUAAUAAAAUUCACACCAUGUGAUGAGCGCCCCCUUCUCCGCUAAACACGCCACGCCAGUCGGUACAACCCGUGCGAUUUUUCGAUUUCGUGACCGUUGGUUUCGGGUUGCUCCUCCCGGCCAAACCCCGCACUCCCAAGCGGAAGCUAACGUUUGGCGUGCAAGAUUUUUCCCAAUCCCAAUUAGUACUAUCUGAAUCGGUUUUCGAUACCCAAAGAUUAGGCCUAUCAGCGCUCGGUUUCGGUGGCCUAAAGUGCACGGUGAAACUCCAAAUCGAUGAUCGGUGCGUACGAACGUACAGAACUGACCGUAUCGAUGCACUGAUGCCAACAGCAAGCACUCUCUUCAACAGUCCGGUCAUCGGACCACCCGUUCCGUUGGGUGCGAAACGAUAGCGAGACCGAUGGCACUGCGGACUGCGCGAUCGGUCAACCCGAACAACAAGAUCUUCUUCUUCCUUGGCACUACAACCUCGAGAGGUCUCGGCCUGCCCUUUCUGACUUUCUGCGAGUUUAUUUUACCCGUAGGAAAGAAGUCAGUCCUACGUACGGGAAGGUUCAGUGAUAAAAAACGAACCCGGUUUACCGGCAGGAUCUGUUAACAGCCAUGAGCAACGCCACGAUUUUGUUUAACAUUUCCAAGAACGAGCUCUUUAAGCUACCGGAUAACUACAAAACGCUGCACAGGAAGUUGAAGGUGAACCAUCGUGUGGAAAGUAAUAAAAGUGAGAUCACACCUGAAAUCCUGAAGACGGCGACCGUGUUUGUGCUGGCAGGACCGCAGGAGAAAUUCACCGAAACUGAAUUUCAACACUUGAAGGACUACAUCAACGAUGGAGGCAGAUUGUUACUAUUGCUCGGUGAGGGAGGGGAAGUUCAGUUCAACACCAAUGUAAACUUUCUGCUGGAGGACUACGGCAUGACUAUCAACAACGAUGUCGUAGUACGGCCACAGUACUACAAAUAUUUCCACCCGAAGGAAGCUCUCAUCAGUGGCGGUGUAAGUUGCGACACGAUGAACAAUCUGCUGCUGGACACAAGCAAAAGCAUCCUGACGUCGUUCGAUUUCAUGGACGAUAAAUACAAAGUCGAGUUUGUCUACCCGUUCGGUGCGACCAUGAACGUUAUAAGUCCCGCCAACGUUCUACUCACGACCGGCCCGGUAGUGUAUCCUUUCAACCGGCCGCUGGCUGGUUACUUUCAGAACGAAAACAACGGUAAGCUGAUCGCCAUCGGGUCGGGACAUAUGUUUCAGGACAAGUACAUCACCAACGAGGUAAACACGGCGCUUUGGGACAGUUUGCUAGCGAUGAUUCUGCAGGAUGAGUUCAAAUUCAAAACGUCCGACUUCAACGAUCUGGAGAUAAAUGACUACGCCGUCAUACCCGAUACAAUCUAUCUGGCCGAUCAACCAAAGAUAUGCCUAAUGGAUUCGCUCGAUUACGACAUUCCGGCCGACUUCAAGAAGCUAUUUGAUAUGUCGCUGUACUCGAUCAACAACGAUCUGCUGCGCGAUGUUAUCGGCACGUACGAAAAGCUGGAUGUGCAAUAUGAACCGCUCAAGAUCAUCAAACCGCAGUUCGAGAUUCCUCUGCCGCCGCUUCAGCUUGCGGUGUUCCAACCAAUAUUCAGUGACCUAGCGGCUCCACCUCUCGAGCUGUUCGAUUUAGACGAGGCAUUCAGCUCCGAGAAGGUACAAAUCGCUCAACUGACCAACAAAUGUCUUUCGCCGGCCCACGAAGGACAGCAUGCGAUCGACGAAAAGGAGUUGGGAUAUUUCAUUCAAGAGUGCGGCCGCAUACUCAAGGUUUGCCAGGACGAUCAGAAGAUGUCGCCGAAGGAAAUACUUAACGCAAUUAGCGUCAAGAUUGCGCACUACAAAAAGUUGGACAAGGAUUAGGGGAUUCGCAGGAAAGCUGGAAACACCUUUUCAACAUCGAACAGAGCAGAGGUUUGUUUUCAGAGCGUAAACGGAUAUAAUAAAUGGCAAAUGUGGCGA